UUUUUUUUGUAUUCCUAACUGAUUAUUUAAUGUUGCUCUAUAUUUACUUUCAGAAUUUAUUGCCUCGUCAAUACAUCUUUUGAUUUUAAAAAUUAUAAAAUUUUCUUUUGACACAUAAACUGGACUUACCCCCUCCACCUCCUCUCUCCCCCACCACACCACUUGUUUAAUCAUUGAAAUUUUCGUUUUUUUAAAUUUUGGAAAAAUAUUAAAAGUGCUUUGUUUUGAAAUUUAAAGAAUAUUUGUUUACAAAAUUAGCUUUAAUGUUCAAUCUCAAAAUUACUUGAAAAUUAACAAAAAAUUUUGAAAUAAUUUUAAAUUAUUUUUAAUUAAAAAGUGAUGAUUUGUGAACAAAAAUUUAUUGAAGAUAUUCAACAAAUUUGUGAUUUUAGUUUAAAAUUAUGUAAAAAUCCGUGGAUAAUUAAAAAUUUAAAUAAUAGAAAAUGGAUGGAAAUGAAUGAUUUUGUUUGUGAUAUUUCUGGUAAAAAAUACAAAAGAUGUUGUUCAAUUUGUUAUAGUGAGGCGUAUUCUGUGCCGGUUUUUUGGUUUAAUAUUUAUAAUUUUGGUAAAUUUAAUUAUUCAAAAUUAAAAUUAAUUUUCCUUCUUUUUUUAAAUGGAAAACUUAUUCCUUUAGAAGAUUUUAAGAAUUUUACUUUUCGAAAAGAAACAAAUGAAUUUUUAGAAUUUAUAUCACAAGGAGAACAUCCAUUCCUUGGAAUUGCUUUUUACAAUAUCCAUCCAUGCAAAACAGCCGAAUUAAUGCAAAAUUUUAAAGGAAAAAAUUAUGUUCUUUGGUAAUUUUUUAUAUUUUAGAUUUGAAAUAAUUUUAAGUUUUUUAUCUUUACUUAAUGCUACAAUAUUUUAUUUUGAUUGGCCUUUAGAAUUCUUUAAAAAUGCUUGUUGAAUAAAAAAAUAAAAAUAUUUUUUUCUGUAAAUAUACAUAUGUACUUGAAUACGGAAAAUAUCCGGAUACCCGCGGAUAUAUCCGGAUACGGACGGAUAUGGAUACUGUUUUUGCAUCAGAUGGAUACGGAUAUGAUCCUCUUUUCCUUCCUUUCCCACAUUUUCUCCUUCUCCCACAUUUUAAUCUUUAUUUUUCCAAUUAUUUUUUUAUUUGAAAUAGGAUGCCUUAAAUUCUUGCGAAUCUUGU